GGAGGAUCGGAGUUGUUUUUGACUUUUUGCCGGUUGCGUUAGAUCCGACUGAACAGUGAAGGGACGGACAGCUAGGCGGUCUGGGGGUCGGCGGUUGUGGCCGGAGUACUAUCCAUGGCUCACUCACAUUUGGCUGAAUAUGACUUAUCUCCGAUACCCAUCUGGCGCUAAGCUGUAUUGGGACAUGCACAACCCCCGAGAGGGGCCGAUACGCUUUGGCAACAUUGCACAAGUCUGGAAACGGUUUGACGCUGGGCCGAAAACUCGAACGUCUAGUGCCAGAUACUUGGAGUUCCACGUCGGCGUGCGUAGCGAUGCUUGGAGCGAUAUUUUCUUGGAGAUGAUGCCGACUGGGGAUUGACGCAGACCCUACGACUAAAGUCACCGCGUCUCUGCUGUGGAUCGCUGUCAAGCUCCUCGUUGUAGUUUUGAUAGUGGACCUCUGAUGUAACAACUUGUGACCUGUGAGCACCUACAUGUUAUCUACCUUGCGAGGCACUCGUGGCUCAAAAGUGGAUGGACUAUGGGUCUGGAAAAGUUAAAGAAGCGGAGAGUGAGAAAGAAAAUAUUCUCAGACAUCAUGUUGAUGAAGAAAGACGCUGAUUUUAUAAUCUCAGAGAACAAG